UACAAGUUGCAUUGUAUUUAAAUAAUAUUACAAUAUUUCAAAACUAUGAAAUAUGGUGAAUUAAAUCCAACAUAACCCGUUCAAUUUAAAAUAAAUUAAGGUUUAAUCUGAAGAAGUUUGUCCCAACAGGCUUGCCGUACUAUAAACUUUACACAUGCGCAGUCAGGAGAAUUAUCUUCCCCGCCUUUUUUCAAUCACUGGAUGAACGACGACGGUUGGUUUUCUGCUGAAGUAAAUAUCAACUAUUUCGUCACCCACGGACAAUUCGAUUUUACCCUGUUGCAUUUGUAAAUGGAUGCAGCUAAACUGGAUCAAAUCUAUCUAGUUGCUUUCCAUGUGGAAGUGCAAGCAGUGUGAUGAAAGUUUAUCAACAAGAGAGCACUAUAGAGCGUUUGAGCUCCAUCCAACAAGAGAGAUGGCAGCAGUUUCCCUGAAAGAUCUUGCUGACUUCUACCCACUGGCUCAAUACAAAGUUGGAUCCCUCAAAAUGGUGACCUUAAAACGAUUUGUUCAUAUUGAUGACUAAGAGAAGAUGGCUGCAAUUCUAAGAGUCGUUUUUGGAGAAGACGAUGCAUCAAAAUUAUCUCUUCCAAAUGGAAUUCCCAGUUCAGUUGAGUGCCUCAAGGAAGAAAUUAGAAGGCAAUUUGAUUUGUCUCAAAAUUUCAGGCUUCAGUACAGAGACAUUGAAUUUAACAACGAGUUUGUUAACUUGACACUGACUUCGGAAAUUCAAAACAAGUCAACAGUUAAAGUUGUUUACUUGCCCCUGGAGUCUGUAGUUUCUCUCCAUGACACAGUCCAAGGAACGGAUGCCCAGUCUUCGUCAACUUCAGUGGAUGACACAGACAUUCCUUCACUUCCUAAAUCUCACUCUUCAUAUUCUUCUCUUCGAUCACUGCCAUGGCCUACAAAUUUCCAAAUUCCUGAGUUUAGCUAUGAAGUCCAAGUUCAGUUGGAAAGAGGACAGCAAGCCUUUCUUACCAGUGGUACACUUCUGCAUCCAAGUACCAAACUAAAAUCUGACAUAUUGGAGAGUUUGGCAUCAGAAAUUAUAAAAUACAAAAUGUAUCCUUCCAACACAGAGUUUGAUAAUGUAGCUGAGGCCCUGACAACAAAAUAUCCAUGUUUAAAAGAGCAAGGAUCAGUCUGUGGGUAUUAUGGAUGGAAAAUCAGCCUGAAAUACAAAAUGGCAAACUACCGAACUAGACUAAGAAACAUUGGCUGUCAAGAACUAAUCAUCAACGGAAUGAAGGAAAAGCGAGUUUCCAUGACUUCUAGUCCCAACCAGGUGAAGAAGCCCCGAAAGGCAGAAGUCAACUUCUGUCCGGAUUAUCCUGCGGGUGAAACUAAAGAAAGUCUUGAGGAAGAAAGAGAAGCUCUCGUAUUGGAGGUUAAAAAGAAAAACAACAAGCAGCUAAUACAAAGAAAAAUGGAGCAAACCUUCGCCUACAGAAGACAGGAAAUAAUCAAAGACAUGCCAUUCAUUGCAGAGGUCAAAAAUAGAUGGCCUGCUCUGUUUUCUGAGACUGAGAUUAUUGCUGAGUUUACUCGCAUCACCACAGUUCCAUUGUUGUCAACUUUCAUAUCCAAGCUGGAUUUCUAUUCUAACCACCUUCUCAGAGUGUUCAAAAAGAAGGGGGGAGCAGCUAAAGUCAAUAUCAACUUCAUCAUGGCGGCCAUGGAUGAGAAUUCCAGCAUUGAUGUGAAGAGGGAAUGCAUCUUAAAAGCACUUUGUGUCUACUUUAAUGAAAACCCAAACGACAUGAUCAGAGAAUAUGUGGACGUUGAUCUUGCAACUGGACAAACCAUCGAGCAGAUGACCAUGGGAGUUUAUGCUGUCAGGCACGAAGGAGCAGACUCUACAGAGGCACCGGAAGAUGUGGGUGUCGUCAUAGAAGGAUGCACUGUGCUGGAGGCUCUGGGUGAUGUGGCAAAAGGAUGUGCCCUCCUUCUAGGCUUAAUCUACAGUCUAAACCUGCAAUACCCAAAGGACCUAAAACACACCUUUGAAUUUUUUCAAAAAGUGUUGAUGGAGUUGGAUGGAAACAAGCUAUCAGCAAAAGUGCAAAUCCUCAAAAACAAAAUGCUUGAGUAAAGCAGCCCUCACUGAACUAGAGGAGACUGAAAUCUUUCCACAAAUUCUUCCGAGCCUUCUUUGUUUUUUUUAUCUGAAGGGACAGAAGAUGAACGACAACAUGUUCAAUUGAACUGUCACAAGAACUCUUGUGAGGCCUUCCUCUCUACUUUUCGAUAUCUUUGGAACUUCACUGUUAAAAAGUGCAUCUUAUUUUUGAUUUAAAUUGAAUUUCACCUUUUGUUGAAAGAAGAAUAUAUAAAAAUUUGAACAAAUGAACAAAAUUUCAACUGCAGUUAAUUGUAUCUGCUGUUUUGAGUUGUGUUGCAAGUUUGUCUAGAUAAUCUGAGUGCCAUUAGUUGUAUCUAGUGAAUGUUUAAGUUGUGCCAUUGGGUUGCCUACUAAUGUUUUAAAGGCGUAAAACAUGUUCUUAGUUUUUUCAGAAAUGUGGCAGAGAUAAUUUUGUGAUGAUAUUUUUGAUGUAUGUUAGUUCCAUCACUAACUACUGUGUUUUAUUUUAAAUUUAUUUUUAAAUACUUCAAUUUUAAAAGCCACGUACCUCUACACAAGUCACUUAAUUCUUGUUAAAGAACAUUUUUAUUUGGUGGACUCCUGUUCUAAUGUUAUUUCUGUAAAGUAAAUUGUUAAUUAUUUUAUUUGCAUUUUAUACCAUGGUCUGGGUGAAUACUCGAUUCUGAUUGGCUGCUGGGUGUGCAUUAAAUUGUGAUAAUGCACAGUAAUAACGCACACCUAAAAAAGAAG